CUGGUGCGGGCCAAGGGCGCCGGCUCCGGCGCUGCCGUCGGCGUCGGCGUCAGCGUUGGCAGCGGCAGUCGCUACAAGGUGACCGCCCGCUGUGUGCCAGAAGUGAGCAUCACAUCGCCCACCAGUGUCAGCCAACAGCAGCAGCAGCAGCAACUGCAACAAGAACAACAUGAAGCACCGAACAAACACAUAACGCUGCUGCGCAGCCGGUCACAGCCAACGUCUAACAGCAUUUUCUCGCCAGGCUUAGGCUUGGCCGCGGGCGGCGCCACUCUGGUCGAGGAGGAGGACUUCAGUUUGCUGUCAACGGAGCAAGUCACUUGGUCGGCCAGUGGCAGCGGCGCCAACAAGAAUGUGCUGCAGCGUCAGCUGGCGACAACCACGCAGCUAGAGGAGCAGGAGCAGCAGCGCCAGCAGCUGCAGGAACAGGAUCAGGAGCAACAGCAGCAGCAGCAACAGUCUUUGAGUGACAUUGAGCCGCCCAACGAGCUGACACCGCUGGUAGAGGAGCGCUGCGCCGCUGCCACAAUUACGGCUGGAGCACAGAACCCUACGACCAAUAGGUAUAGCCACAACUCGAAGACCACGCGUUCCUGGCCAGUCAUCUAUCGCAAUCCGCAUCACUGUGACUACGAGGCGCUCUACGUGCAGCAGCCACCGGCACAGCCGUCAUCGCAGCCGUUCAAGCAGAACUGUUAUUCCAAUCAGUUCAAGCAAUCAAUUGUCUACUCCAGCAGCAAUGAGGAGCUACCGGGCGGACCAGAGCUAGCGGAGGUGACACCCCGACAAACCACAUGUUACUAUUUUGCGCCCAGUCGGCGCAACAGCAUUUAUGAGCAUCCCUCGUCUGUGGUCGGCGGCUCCUUGCAGUUUGACGGUGCCAGCAACGCAGCGACCACAGCGGCAGCAGCUGCCGCCGUCGAGAGUCUGAGAAGGAGCAACAGCAUCCUGCUCAGGCAAAACAGCUGCGCCAAGGUUAUACAGCGCAGGGGUAGCGGCAGCGCCGGCGCCGUCGCCUUGGAGACAUCCACAUCGCUCAGCUCACAAAUGGACGGCAUGGGCAUGGGCAGUGGAACUGGUGGCAGCGCCUGUUGCUCCAGCUGCUGCAUGGGCCCGCCGCCCGUCCUGUUCCUCUUCGUCACGCUGCUAAUGACCACUAGCGCCACGGCCAUGUUGUGUGCCGCCAUAAUGACUGAUCACUGGGAGCACGUAACAUGGGAUCGCAACAGUCUGGAUCGUUACUCGAAUCGAUCGGGCCUGCAUCUGGAAUGGCUUCUGGAUGAUCAGGUGGCUAUGCUUAAGCCAGAUAAAAGAGCUGAUCAUCGUUUUCGACGCGAUUCCGUUUUUUUGGUGCCAAUGCACGGCGGCAUCUGGACGCUGUGCAUCGAUCUGCCCAUUCCACAGCUGCAGGAGUUGCGCCGCAAUCCAAAGUUUCCACGCGGUGCACCGCCGUGUGUCAACUACUUGGCCGGGUCCAUGGAGAACGCACGCGGCGAGGAGCAGCGCAACGAUUGGCAGCACAGUGAGUCACAGGUCAUCACACUGCAGCCGCAUCUGAGUACGUAUUAUGGGCGCAAUCCUGCCCGAACCAAAUCCAUAAUCCAGAUCUUGAGUUUGGACACACUUUGUUCAACAAUUUUCGUUUUGAGGCAAUUAUACUUUUAUUAUUAUUGA